GAUUCAUUCAGUCAACAAUUAUUAUCGCGGUUCAUGUUGACAUUUCCAUGCUUUAUAAAUUCAGUUUUAUCAGUCGCUAACAUUAAGCAGCAAUUGUUUAUCUAGAAGAAGCUAGAAAUUUUUCACUUUUGUUCAACAGCUUCUUUCAUAAUAAAAACAAAUUAAAAACAUGAGUGAUAGUUCUGAUGAAGAUUUGGGAUCUGACUGGAUACCAUAUAGUUCGCGCAACGAUUGGGCAGAUGUAGUACCAUUAGAACAGGAUGAUGGAGAGAAUCCUAUAGUCGCAAUCGCGUACAGCUCAAAAUUUCGUGAAGUAUUUGACUAUUUUCGCGCAAUUCUCGCUAAACAAGAAAAGUCAUUACGCGCAUUAGAUUUGACAUCAGAUGCAUUAAGGCUUAAUACGUCUAACUACACAGUCUGGCAGUAUCGACGGGAAAUAUUAAAUGAACUUAAAUCAGAUUUAAAAAAGGAACUAGAUUAUAUAUGUGAAGUUAUACGUGAAAAUGCUAAAAACUAUCAAGUUUGGCAUCAUCGACGUGUUAUUGUUGAAAUGCUAAAUGAUGCGAGCCAAGAAUUAGCAGUCACACAAAUGGCAUUAGAAGCUGAUGCAAAAAACUAUCAUGCUUGGCAGCAUCGUCAAUGGGCCAUACAAAAAUAUGAUCUCUAUGAAAACGAACUGAAUUUUGUUGAUCGCCUGAUAGCAGAUGAUAUACGUAAUAAUUCCGCUUGGAACCAACGUUUUUUCAUAUUAAAAAGUUAUGGUUUUACAACUGAUGUUAUCCAACGUGAACUGCACUAUACCAUGAAUCGAAUUCGUGUAGUAAAGAACAAUGAGAGUGCAUGGAAUUAUUUAAUAGGUGUGUUAAGGCAAAGUGAUACUGGUGAACUGAAUCAUUUUCCAGAAGUUAUAGAAUUUAGUGAAGAACUCUACAAUGCUGGCAACCGUUCACCGUUUUUGCUUUCUUUUUUAAUUGAUCUAUAUCAAGAGCAAUGUUUACGUAAUGAAUGUGCCGAAGAAAGAGAUGUUCUAGCGCGUAAAGUAUAUGGUCUGUGUGAUGAAUUAGCUAAAAAGCACGAUCAUAUAAGGCGAAAGUAUUGGGGAUAUAUAGCAGAUAAGCUUAAAGAAGAAUUAAAUGAAAAAAAGCAAUAAGGAAACUAUUGUUGUGCACAACUAUAACCUAUCAAUUAAAU